UCCAUAUCCUACCACCUUCCUCUCUCACAAAAUCCCAACACCAUUAAUUUCUCAUUCUUCAUCUCUCUCACUUCAUAAAUCCAAAAAUCCAUCAUCCAAUUUGUUAAUCUCCUGUGGCAUGGGAUUGAGCAAUCAACCACUAGACUGGGCGCAAACGCUCCUCCCUUCCGAGACGUCGAAGCCGCCCCAAAAUCGCCGGCAACAGGCGCAGACGUCGGAGGCCUUAAAGUGCCCUCGAUGCGCCUCAACCAACACCAAAUUCUGCUACUACAACAACUACAACAAAUCGCAGCCGCGCCACUUCUGCAAAUCCUGCAAGCGUCACUGGACCAAAGGCGGCACCCUCCGCAACGUCCCCGUCGGCGGCGCCCGCAAAAACAAACGCCCCAAGCCUUCCAAAUCCGCCUCCGUCAAGCACACACCUGCCGCCGCCGCUGCUGGAGAGAAAAACAUCUCUAGCAUUCUUUACCAAGCGUUGAUCGGCCGCUCCUCCUCUGCUCCGGCAAUGCAUGAAACGACGUCGUCGAGAGUGUCCCCUUUCGCCGGAGGAAAUGUGGCUCAGGUGAUUCCGGCUACGGAAUUUCAAUUCACGAGUUUAAACAUGAAUGGUUCGAGUUCGUAUGGAUUUGAUCAAUUCGCCGGAAAUCUUGACUCGGUGGAGGAGUCGACGAUCACCACCGUGAAUGCUCCGGUGAGCGGGGGUUGGGAGAUGGAUUUGCCUAGCUAUUGGAGCUGGAACGACGUCGAUGUGUUGGGAUCAUCAGGUGAUCUGAGUGUGUCUUGGGAUGAAGUGAUCAAACCUUAAGUUAAAAUUCAAUUUGGUAAUAGGUGAAUAAUUAAGAGUAUAAUAAUAUUGCCCAAAUUUGAAGAGUUGUGACAGUUAAAUUUGUAUCUAUCAUAGUAGUUUGUGGAAGCUGUCCUUUUUAGAAUCAGCUUCGGAGGUACGUACGAGACAUAUUUAAUGUGUCGUUUGUUUGUAUUUUUCACUCUUGAAAUAGAAUGAAUUCAUGUGAAAUUUGGAUUGUUUGUGAUUUGUGAAAGAGAGAAUGGGGGAAAUGGGACCUGCUACAGCGAGGAAGAUUCUUGUGGAUAUGUAUGUUUGUAUAGAAAUAUAUGUUCGCCAUUUUCAUUCUGGAUUUUGUUGUGGCUCAUGUUCAUGGGGCCCUUCUCACUUCUAAAUUAUUGACAAAUUCCCUUUGAUUUUUUGAGGCCA